GGAAAGUAGCUUUUUCCCCUUCUCUCUUCCCGACAGCCGCCUGUAUGACACAGUGUAUCUUAUUUAUUCUUGAAUUACAUCGACACGGGAGCGGAGUAGCGCUGCAGCAGAGGCUCGGUUGCACCAGAAGGAAUCGGCAGGUGUUCGGUCCAGGCGUCCAGGUGACUCCAGUCAGUCAGCAUGAGCUCGAAAGGAGGAGGCACUGCUCUGACCCGCCGCAACUACAGACUGGCUUCAGACACAGACAAACCCAAAGCCACAGGUAUCGUGAACGAGAAGUUGCUGAGUGACUAUCUGCACCAUGUGUUCCCUUCCACCAAACAGGGACCUGCGCUGGCCUCCCUCAGCAAGCCUCUUGGUUUCCAGGAUCUUGGCGCUCACCUGGAGGGAUUGUUGUCUGAGGGAGAACCCACUGAGGACAGUAGAGUCUGUGAAUCUGCAGAUCAGCCCGUUGAAGGCCGUCUGGGACCUCAGCCGGUCGUCCUGGAUCACACCAGUGGUUUUGAAGGACUUCUCUUUGUAGACGAUGACCUGCUGGGGGUCAUCGGCCACAGCAACUUCAGCUCAAUCAGAGCCACCACGUGUGUUUACAAAGGGAAAUGGGCCUACGAGGUGCUGAUCUCCUCCCAGGGUCUAAUGCAGAUCGGGUGGUGUACACUUAACUGUCGCUUCAACCAGGAGGAGGGUGUUGGUGACACUCCGGACUCUUACGCCUACGAUGGAAACAGAGUGAGAAAGUGGAACGUGACGACGACUAACUAUGGAAAGUCGUGGGCGGCUGGAGACAUCGUCAGCUGCUUGAUAGACCUGGAUGAGGGAACCAUCACAUUCUGCUUGAAUGGCCAGUCUCUGGGCACGGCAUUUACCAACAUCAAGAUGGGUCCCGGCGUCGCUUACUUUCCUGCCAUCAGCCUCUCCUUUAAAGAGUCGGUGGCUUUCAACUUUGGCAGCAGACCGCUCAGGUACCCUGUGGACGGCUACCUGCCCCUCCAGAACCCCCCAACUACAGACCUGAUGAAGGCUCACAAACUGCUGGGCUACAUAAAGAAUGUCCUCUCCACCUCCAUCGAUGCACAGGAGGAGAGGCUGGUGGAGCAGGACUGUUCAGUCUGGAGGCUUCAUGGAGAGCCGACAGUCCUCGUCACCCUGGCUCACAUCUUCAACCAUUUCGCUCCACUCAUGUGUAAAGUGUACCUGGUGGAGGACGUGCUGAUGAACUUCCUGUUGGGGAUUCUGGAGGGAGGAGGUUCAGUAGAUGAACACCAGCUCAUACAGCAGCUUCUGGAUCUCUUCUGGGUACUGAUGGAGGACUACGAAGUGAACGAGUGUCUGAAGCAGCUGAUGAUGUCCCUGCUGAGAGCCUACCGCUUCUCCCCCAUCAUCCCUGAUCUGGGCUUCCAGAUCCACUACCUGCGUUUGACGACGGCCAUCCUGCACCACGAGAAGUCCAGGAAAUACCUGCUCAACAACGUCUUGUUCGAUGUCCUGCGUUCAGUCGUGUUUUUUUACAUCAAGACCCCUCUGCGAGUGAAGGAGGCAGGGCUGGAGGAGCUCAUCCCGACCACCUGGUGGCCCACGCACUUCGACAAGGAGGGGAAAGACGAGCGGGAGCCCGAAGACGAGAGCGCAGACGAGCGGCUGAGACGGCGGGCGUACGAGAGAGGCUGCCAGAGGCUGAAGAAGAGGAUCGAAGUUGUGGAAGAGUUGCAGGUUCAGAUCCUGAAGUUGCUGCUCAAUAACAAAGACAAAACUACGGGAGAAGCCUCUCGCUACAUCUUCCUCAAUAAGUUCCGGAAGUUUCUCCAAGAAAAUGCCAGCAACAGAGGGCACCCUACAGCUCUGUGCCCUCCUGAGUACAUGGUGUGUUUCCUCCACCGCCUCAUCACGGCCGUGAGGGCCAGCUGGGACGACGGCCGCCGGAAGAGCCCGAGCAGCAUCGGCAGCGAAGAGGCCUACGUCCCCCCCCAGCUCUUCUACAACGGGAAGGUGGACUACUUUGACCUGCAGCGACUAGGGGGGCUCCUGUCCCACCUGAAGAAAACACUCAAAGAUGACUUGGCCAGUAAAGCCAACAUCAUCAUCGACCCUGCAGAGAUCCAGGCCACGGCCAUGGAUGACCUGGAUGAGGACGAGGAGAGCGGAGCAGCUCAGAGGCCGUUUGGUGCGGCGGCGAUGGGCGGGGCUCUGGCGAGGCCCAGCUGGUUGAGCUCUCCCACUCUGGGCCGAGCCAAUCGCUUCCUGAGCACGGCCGCCGUCAGCCUCAUGACCCCCAGACGACCCCUCACGCAGCCGGAGAAAGUCAAGGUCCGCACCCUCGCAGUGGAGCAGAGGACUGAGGAGGACAAUGGGUACAAAAACAAAUCCCCCCGCCCUUUUUUUCUCUCUCUUCAACCUGAAGUCGAGGGAAGCUAUGGUAACGACGGCCUGUUGCUGGGGCGACCGCUGGAGGAGCCCAAUCAGCCAAUCGCGGACAAGUCCCUGCUGGAGAUUGUCGAUGGUAUCGUGAUGAUGUACAACCUGAGCGUCCACCAGCAGCUCGGAAAGAUGGUGGUGGUUUCAGAUGACGUCCAUGAAUACGCCGUCGCACUGAAGGACACCGAGGAGAAGAUCGCACGAUGCCCUGCAAGAAGACCAGACAUCCUAGACGAGCUCCAGAAAAGCCAGAAGGUAUUCGCGGAGAAACUGAACCACCUCUGCAGGAGACUGGCAUGGAUCAACGCCACCAUCUACUCCAAGGAGAAGAUGCUGGACGUGUACUGGCUGCUGUGUGUUUGCAUUCGGACCAUCGAACAUGCCGACAACACCGGCUCUUUGUUCGCCUUCGCCCCGGAGUUCUACCUCAGCGUUGCCAUGAACGCCUACAGCGCACUCAAGAACUACUUCAGCCCUGCCAACAGCAUGGAGGAACUACCAAGCUAUGAAGAAACCCUGACGCAACUUGCCGCCAUCCUCGCCAAGCACUUUGCUGAUCCACGUAUAGUUGGAACAGACAUCAAAGACUCUCUGAUGCAGGCCCUCGCCAGCUACGUCUGUUACCCACAAUCCCUUAGGGCAGUGGAGAGGAUCCCAGAGGAACAACGCGUCGCCAUGAUGAGAAACCUGCUGGCUCCGUAUGAACAGAGACCCUGGGCCCAGACCAACUGGAUCCUAGUCCGACUGUGGAGGGGGUGUGGUUUUGGCUACAGAUACACUCGUCUUCCUCACCUGCUGAAGACCAAACCUGAGGACGCCAACCUGCCCAGUCUGCAGAGGGAUCUGUCCAUUGCUAGUUUCCAAAAGCCGUGUCCGUCGCUGCUGCUGCAGAGACACAUGGCGGAGCUGCUGAGCGUGGACAAAGAGAUGGCUGCCUCGUUCCUCAACAGCGUCCUCAACCAGCUCAACUGGGCUUUUUCCGAGUUCAUCGGCAUGAUCCAGGAGAUCCAGCAGGCUGCUGAGCGUCCGGAGAGGAACUUUGUGGACACUCGUCAGCUGAAGGUGUGUGCGACCUGCUUCGACCUGUCUGUCAGUCUGCUGCGAGUGCUGGAGAUGACCGUCACUCUGGUUCCAGAGAUCUUCCUGGACUGGUCCCGUCCAUCUGCAGAGCUCCUCCUCAGACGGCUUGCUCAGUUGUUGAACCAGGUGUUGAACAGAGUGACGGCCGAGAAGAACCUUUUUGAUCGAGUAGUCAACUUGAGACUGCCAGGUCUGGAGAGUGUGGACCACUACCCGAUCCUGGUGGCUGUUACAGGCAUCCUGGUGCGAAUCCUGGUGGAUGGAGACAGACAGGGUAUAUCCCGGGCGUCCUCCGUCCUGCUCUCGGACCCCUGUUUCCAGCUCCACUCCAUCCAGCACCUGUUAGGUGAAGGGGGCGACUCCUCCGGCUCCUCCUCCUCCUCCACCGCCCGUCCGGUCGUCGGGCCCCUGGGGUCGAGCGUGGCCCCUGUGAUCCCUUCGGCCGCAGCCACGACCGCUGGGUCCUCUGAACGCAAGCACUUCUCCCUGCACGCAUACACCGACUACAUCAGCGAGGAGGAGAAGCAGAAGGUGGAGCUGAUGUUGACGUUUCUCACCGAAGAAUCCAAACAGGCUGCAGCCAGCACAGCUCCGACCAGUGAGGAAGACCUCUGCCCCAUCUGCUACGCUCACUCCAUCUCCGCCGUCUUCAAGCCCUGCUCCCACAAGUCCUGCAAAGCCUGCAUCAACCAGCAUCUGAUGAACAACAAGGACUGUUUCUUCUGCAAAGCCACCAUCACCGGGGUGGAAGACUACAGCAAGCCAGCCGCCUCCUAACACACACACACUCACACACACAGACACACACACGUUAGCUGUUACCUGUGUAAGGACUGAAGUGUCAAACCGUCACCCAUUCCAAAGCACAUCAGAGAACCCAAAGAUUUCUCACAGAGGUCUGUACUGUGUGUGUGUGUGUGUGUGUGUGUGUGUGUGCAGGUGCUAUUGUUUUUUGGGGGGGAGAAUGAUGAAAUAACUUAAGAACAGAUGCAUUUCGAGAGCUUUGCAAAGUGAGUCACGAUGUGGUGAAAAGGGAUUAUCAUUUUCAAUGUUUUGAUUAAUAUACAGUAUAUGUAGCCUGACGGCGUUGGUCAUGAAUACAUACUAUUAAUAGUCCUUUCCCUCCAGCUCAGAGGUCCUUAUUGUACAUUUGAUCCGACAGCUUAUAGUGUGUUCCUGUCCAGUGAAAACCUUGUAUCUCCAGACGUGUUGAUGUUGAACGUGUUCGAUGAGCUGAAGGAUGCAGAGUUUCUUUUAUGUGUUGAGAAAAAACAUAUUAAGCAAAAUAAAAUAUUUUAAAAAGCC